AUGGUAGCUGAGAAAAGCGACGGUUAUGCCGUGAUAUCCAUAGCCAUCAUUACAGCGCUUGUCGCUAUAGUGCUUGGGUGGCUCUGGACCAGGGAUCCAGAUGAGAUCCCAACUAUCAAUUCAUACCCUGGGGACUUUUCACUGAAAAGAGCACACAAGGAAUAUCUUUUGAAUUCCAGGAACUUGAUUAAGGACGGCGUUAAGAGGUUCGACGGCCCUUUUCGAGUGAUAACAGCUCUAGGAUCUCGUGUGAUACUUCCAGCAUCGUAUACGGAGUGGGUGAAGGGCUGCUUGGAUUUAGACCAUCAGGCCCUUGUCCACCAUGAGUAUUUCGGCGGAUACCCAGGGAUGGAAGGUAUUGGUAUGGUUACUGAUCCAAGGAAAAUUACUAUUGAUGUUGCCAAAAAGAAGCUGAACCAAAGUAGCCAGUGUAAGGUGAUGCAGGAGCACAUCAAAGAGUCACUUAAAGAAGCCUGGGAUGACAGUAAAGAUUGGCAUGUUGUCGACUGGCCGCAGAAUGCUGUCAGUUUUAUUGCACGAAUGUCGUCUGCGUGGCUUAGAGAUGCAGCUGCGGGUCGAUCGCUUGAUCACACUGCUGCACAGUUGGCGUUUGCUGUGAGUGCAUUGCAUACGACCACCGAAUUACUCAAACAGACUUUAUUGGAUAUUUGUACCCAUCCAAAACUCAUUCAACCAAUACGGGAUGAAGUGAGCGAAGCAUUGAAGGAGGAUGGCUGGACGACUGCGGGCCUUUUCAAGAUGCAGCUCCUUGAUAGCGUGAUUAAGGAGAGCCAACGGUUGAAGCCCGGAUUGCUAGUAAACCUUGAGCGCAAGGCCCUUUGCGAUGUUACUCUUGCCAACGGGAUGAAGUUACCAAAAGGAACCAACCUUGCCGUUGAUUCUUCCAUGAUGUGGGACCCGACGAUUUAUCCAAAUCCGACUGUUUACGAUGGAUACCGGUUUCUCCGUCUACGGCAGUCCGGAAAUGGGACUGCGGCGCUAGUAUCUACGAGCCGAGAGCACAUCGCUUUCGGGAUUGGAAAGCCUAUCUGCCCCGGCAGAUUUUUUGCAGCGAACGAACUUAAGGUUGCAUUAGCGAAUAUUCUCAUGAACUACGAUGUCAAAAUCGCAGGAGACCGUGAGCCAAAGAUCAUCGAGAUUGGCUUUGAAAUGUUAAGCAAUCCAGAAGCGAGCUUAAUGGUUAAAAGGAGGUAA